AUGUGGUGCAGUGUACCGACUUUCCUCUUGGGGUUGUUGUCGAUGCGGGCAUGGAUCGACGGUGUUGAAGCCUUUUCUUGGGGUAGCGUCGAAACGAGAGCAGAACCCCACAGGUCUCUCGAAGAGCAUUUGGUGAACCCAUCGAUUAUGGUUCACGACGCAUCACGCUUGCCGAAUGUUUACGCUGUCGCUAUGCAGGAGCUCCAAGAACUCGAAUCUGAGCCUCUCUGCCAUCGAAUCGCUGCCCGGCUCCUGGUCAACAACUGCCAGCUGCUGGAAGGCAAAGAUGACGCCACCGUCCUAAUCGAUAGCGGCAGACAAAUCCGUGACUUCGUGGACUCUUAUGCCGCCAGUCUUGCUAUUUGUGAUCUGGAAAGAGGCAGUUUUGUCAUCCCGUCUGGUUGUGCACCGUUCAGGGAACGUGCUCUGGCUAAUCUGCCGGUCUCAAAGGUUGCUCAGCUUCACGUCUCACCUCGGCAGAUAGACUCGUGUCUUUCCGGUUUGGCCAAGUCCGACUCUGCAUGGAAUACGUGGGUGAGUUACCGUCACAAAGCUCUCAGAUUCUGCGAAGCUGCUCGCGCAGACAAUGACAAAGCCCAGAGUAUUCGUCUGUAUCAACGUCUCACAGAAGUACUCUCCAAACUCUCCGAGGGUGUUGAACAAGAGCUUGAAGCCCACUUACACGCGAUAAACUUGAGAACAGCCGAGACUACAGAGCAGCUUCGCCAAAUGAGCCCAGACAUCGAUCAGUUGCGAAACAGCUUACAAGACCUGGACAGAUUCGUUUCUGGGGACUUGAUGCAGAUGGCGCAGGCAUCAAAUUCCGCGAUGCGAGGCGGCCUCGAGGAUGCCCAGAACCUGCAACAGCUUCUGACGGUGCUCCUCAAAAUGGUCCUUAGCAGCAAUGCCGAGGUUGCAGCAUCAAAUGAGCUGGCACUAACAAACUUCAAAGAUCGAACUGGCAAUGAGGUCGCGGUCGUCAUGGCUGCGCUCGCAACAGCUGUAGCAUCGUCUACAUCCCUUCAUGAUCAGCUGGGAUUGGAAAAACUCCUGCACUUUACCGACGACAUUUCAUCAAAAUACGAGUCACACUCUGAGAGGCUUUCACACGUGAACCAUAUUUCAGAAGACCUGCUGGAUACACUAGACGAUAUGGCCACAUCGACAUUGGAAGUCCGAGGAUAUCUCACGCAACGACCGAGUUGGACGAGUUGGGUGCCGUAUGUGGCGUGCCCGGCCGCAUCUUUGCUCAUGGGAUCUUAUGGUCUUCCGCCAUCGGCAGUGCGGAACCUGGGACUCAUUGCGCUCGGUAAGGCUAUACCGCAUUACUUUUCGAGAAAAAGAUACUGA